AUGGCCGUGGUGUGGAAGUGGAGUCAUGUGCUUCAGCGUUCAGCCUUGAUUCUGCACAAUGCCAAGUGCCUUCGGACGGAAAGUGCAAUCCUGAGUGCCCCGAGCCUUGGCAGACGGACCCGGAGAGCCUCUCGGGACCACCUGGUCACUCUGCUGGAGCGCCCAGCAGGGCGGGAGCCUGCGGAGCCUGCAGAGCCAGCGGAGCGGCUGGUGGUGUGCUCCGUCCAUUUGCAUCCGCCGCAGAUGUUUCUUACGAAAGGCCUGACGUAUGAGAAAUACCUGGAUCCCUUGCGCAGGGCCAUCGAAUCGUUGGCCGGCUUGAACGGCACGGAGAACGAGGGUGUCACUCUGCAGACUCCUUGCCUUCUUCUGGGUGAUUUCAACCUUGACCCGGAACACUUCGAACGGUUGACAAAAGGUUUCAGAUGGUUCUCCCUCUUGGUGAAACUGCUCACCAUUCCAAUCCCAGCCGACGUGGAGACUUUGCGCUGGCCACAGGAGGACAAUGGAAAGGCCAGAAAGGUUUGCUGCCAGUCAAGUAACAUUGAUGCUUGCCGUGCGCUGGGCGAUGAAGGCUUUCGUGCUUUCGAGCGCCAUGCUCGGGAGACCCUCGAGGCCCUUUCUGGGGACAUUCUGCAGGAAAGCUACGUGAAGGCGGACCCCUUCGGUUGCCUUGUUGAGAAGACCAUGGUGUCAAGUUCACACGACAAAUGUGGAAUUCGGAAGGAUGGCUAG